UUGAAAAGGUAGAGACAGCUUUAAAGAACGGCACUAUAGUAACACGCACGUACAGAAGCGUUCAGUGCGUGUGUCCUCUCACUAGUCUCACUAUCGCAAGAAGAGGGCAGCGCUAAAUGGAUGAUGGUUCAACAAGCGUGCGCCCCCGACCUCUCCCACUGACUGUCGGACGUACGUGUGAGUGACGCAGAGAAGUCUACUUAAAGCGGAAUUAACGCCGAGUGCAACAACCCCCCGCGCUCACUCAAAUUCAGUGGGCUCCUAACAAACUAAGCCCGCACACGGUAUAUUGAUAGUGAGAGACGAAGACUGCGUGGAGCAGCCGUUGUGGGGAAGUUGCGUCCACAGCACUCCCACGCACGGCGUGGUUGGAGCAUGCUGUACCUCAUGGAUACUUUUUUGCCCUCAUAGAUUUGACUUUUUUCUAUAUUUUCACAAUCUGCGUCUGAGUUAGAUUUGAUCCGAAUGAACAGCCAUGGGAGAGUGGACCAUAUUGGAACGUCUCUUGGAGGCGGCAGUCCAGCAGCACUCGACUAUGAUCGGAAGGAUCCUGCUGACAGUGGUGGUGAUUUUUCGUAUUCUGAUCGUGGCAAUCGUUGGAGAGACAGUGUACAACGAUGAGCAGUCCAUGUUUGUAUGUAACACCUUGCAGCCAGGCUGUAACCAGGCUUGUUACGACAAAGCUUUCCCCAUCUCUCACAUCAGGUACUGGGUGUUCCAGAUCAUUAUGGUCUGCUGCCCCAGCCUUUGCUUUAUUACCUACUCUGUCCACCAGUCCGCCAAGCAGAAGGAGCGACGCUACUCCACAGUGUACCUUUCCCUGGACAAGGAGCAAGACUCUAUGAAAAGAGACGACAGCAAGAAGAUCAAGAACACUAUUGUUAACGGGGGGCUACAGAACACAGAGAACACCAACAAGGAGGCGGAGCCUGAUUGUCUUGAAGUCAAAGACAUUCCCAAUUCAGUCGUGCGAACUACUAAGUCCAAAAUGAGAAGACAAGAAGGCAUAUCCAGGUUCUACAUCAUCCAGGUGGUGUUCCGAAAUGCACUCGAGAUAGGAUUUCUCGUGGGUCAAUAUUUCCUUUAUGGAUUCAAUGUGCCCGCUGUGUAUGAGUGCGAUCGAUACCCUUGCAUAAAAGAUGUCGAGUGUUAUGUUUCCAGGCCAACAGAGAAGACAGUGUUUUUAGUCUUCAUGUUUGCAGUCAGUGGCAUUUGUGUGGUGCUCAACUUAGCGGAGCUAAACCAUCUAGGGUGGAGGAAGAUCAAAGCUGCUGUCAGAGGAGUGAGAGCCAGGAGGAAGUCUAUUUAUGAAAUCCGCAACAAAGACUUGCCGAGGAUGAGUAUGCCCAACUUUGGACGCACCCAGUCUAGUGACUCUGCAUAUGUAUAAAUAUUUGUAACAGAAAAAGCUGCAGGACAGCUGUGUAGAAACUACAGUACCGUAUUUUCCGGACUAUAAGGCGCACCGGACUAUAAGGCGCACCUUCAAUAAAUGGCCUGUU